AUGAAUUCUCUAGCGUUGUUCCUACUCCUUUGUGUCACAUUCUCCGUCAGCACAGCCAGACCUCUAGGCUCCACCGCCGAUGCAGACACAUCAAAAUCAUCUUCUAGUAGUCCAGGGUCCAAAGAAUAUUCUGUUGAAUACAUUGGAGAAGGCGAUACAAAUGCUUUAAAGGAGAUAGAGGAUCGGGUCAAGCGCACGUCAGAAAAUGUGGUUGUGUUGGGACCUGCUCUGUCUAGGUCGGAUGAGGAGCCAAAGAUAUCUACUACAAAGAGGACUGUUGAAUACGUUAAACCAGGAGAUACCGAUCGUAUGAAGGAGAUAGAGGAGCGGGUCAAGAGGACGUCAGAAAAUGUGGCAGUGUUGGGACCAGCUGCGUCUGCACCGGGGGAGGAGCCAAAGCGGACUGUUGAAUACGUUAAACCAGGAGAUUCCAGUCGUAUGAAGGACAUAGAGGAACGGGUCAAGAAGACGGGAGAAAAUGUGGUUGUGUUGGGACCAGCUGUGUCUAGGUCGGAGAGUGAUGAAAAUGAAGGUAAGGAUAAAGCAUCUAAAAAGAAGUCGUCUGCUGAAAAUGAAGGUAAGGAUAAAGCAUCUAAAAAGAAGUCGUCUGCUGAAAAUGAAGGUGAGGAUAAAGCAUCUAAAAAGAAGUCGUCUGCUGAAAAUGAAGGUGAGGAUAAAGCAUCUAAAAAGAAGUCGUCUGCUGAAAAUGAAGGUAAUGAUAAAGCAUCUAAAAAGAAGUCGUCAACUGAAAAUGAAGGUAAGAGUAAAACAACUAAGAAGAAAGCAGCUGCAAUGGCGCCCAAGCAAAUAGACUCUGCAAUGGCGCCCAAGCAAAAAGACUCCUCCGAAAAUUAA